AUGUCCAUUUCCAACAUCACAAUCUUCAUGCCUUCUGUGUUCACGCUAAUAGGGAUCCCAGGGCUAGAGUCUGUGCAAUGUUGGAUUGGGAUUCCAUUCUGUAUUAUGUAUCUCAUUGCUAUGAUCGGAAAUUCUUUGCUUCUGAUCAUCAUCAAGUUGGAGCCCAGCCUCCAUGAGCCCAUGUACAUUUUCCUAGGCAUGCUAGGGGUAACUGAUAUUGCACUUCUUACCAGUGUUGUGCCCAAGAUGCUUGGAGUCUUCUGGUUUCAUAUACCAGAGAUAUAUUUUGAUUCCUGCUUGCUUCAAAUGUGGCUCAUUCACACGUUUCAGGGCAUAGAAUCAGGCAUCUUGCUGGCUAUGGCCCUGGACCGCUAUGUAGCCAUCUGUUAUCCACUCAGACAUGCUGCCAUCUUCACUCCCCACCUCAUUUCUCAAAUAGCAAGUGCAGUAACACUCAGGGCUGCCAUUCUCGUAGCCCCUUGCCUAGUACUGAUAAAAUUCCGAUUGCAAUUUUACCACAAAACAGUCAUCUCCCACUCCUACUGUGAGCAUAUGGCCAUUGUGAAACUGGCUGCAGGAAAUAUCCAGGUGAACAAAAUCUAUGGUUUAUUCGUGGCUUUCAACAUUGCAGUGUUUGAUCUCUCUUUCAUUACAUUGUCCUAUGUACAGAUAUUUAUCACAGUUUUUCGUUUGCCCCAGAAGGAGGCUAGGUUGAAAGCAUUCAACACUUGUUUCGCUCAUAUCUGUGUCUUCCUCCAGUUCUACUUCCUUGCCUUCUUCUCCUUCUUCGCACAUAGGUUUGGGUCUCACAUUCCCACUUUUAUCCAUAUUCUCAUUUCUAGCAUUUACUUGUUGGUCCCUCCAUUUCUCAAUCCACUUGUCUAUGGUGCGAAGACCAAGCAGAUCCGUAUGCAAAUGGUAAAAAUGUUCAGUUCGUAA